AUGGUGAAGAAGCAGCUCCGUACAGAAGAUGGCAUUUUCGGCACAUCCGGCGGCUUCGGCUUCACGAAAGCCAACGAGCUCUUCGUCGGCCGCGUGGCGAUGCUUGGGUUCGCCGCGUCGCUCCUCGGCGAAGCGGUAACCGGUCAAGGAAUCCUUUCGCAACUCAACCUCGAAACCGGGAUCCCCAUCACGGAAGCCGAGCCGCUGCUCCUCUUCUUCAUUGCAUUCACCGUACUCGGCGCGAUCGGCGGGCUGGGCGAUCGCGGGCGAUUCGUGGAUGACGAGGCGCCUGCUGGACCGCCGGUGAAGCCGGGAAGUUUCAAGGCCGCGCUUGGGCUGAGUGACGACGGGCCGCUGUUUGGAUUCACCAAGGCGAAUGAGCUGUUUGUGGGGCGGAUGGCGCAGUUAGGGUUUGCGGCGAGCUUGAUCGGCGAGGUGAUCACCGGGAGAGGCGCUUUGGCGCAGCUGAAUAUCGAGACUGGGUUACCGAUUUUUGAGCUGGAGCCGCUGCUGUUGGCAAGCAUCUCGUUGCGGUGCACACACGACUCCAGGAAGGUGUGGCGCCAUCCUCUGCGCCUCCCUCUUCUCCCCCCUUUACUCACGUGGGCUGCAGGGUCUGAAGGUGGGGCGCCAUCCUCUGCGCCUCCCUUCUGCCGCCGGCCCAGCGUCUCCAGGUGCUUGCUCACGCACGACAGCACUCCCCCCUCCCUCUUCUUCCUCUUCUUUGCCCCAGGAAGUGGGGGUGGUGCAAGGCAGGGGCAAGGGGUGGAGUGCAGCGUGAGGGCUCAUGCAUGCAUGUGUGCAUCGAGGACCGAGGUGCUUGCUCACCCAUGA